AUGUCAGUGUGUCCAGGGGUUAUCAUAGAAAGCCAAGGUCCGGCUCUUUCAACACUUCGAGCACUUCCACUUGGGCGGUCUGUCCUGCAAGUGAACCACGAGAAUGGUCGAGGCCCCAACUACUUCACUGCUUCACACAGCUUCUCUUCUGGAGCAAUGUUGACGCCGAACAAAGUGCGACAAGGAGUCCCCAGCGGAAGCUCAGACCACGUUGUCAUUGUUGGUGGGGCUCAUUCAGAAUCGUCAAACGCAUCAAGGAGACCGGGAACUCCGUCGCCAGCGGGGUUCAGCUCGCUGACGGUCGGCUGGGCCAGGGGCACAACCUCAACAAUGGAAUCCUCGGCUUCUUCUUCCUUCCCGUUCACAUAUAGAGACUGCCCCUGGGCUACAACAUAA